CGCCGCCGCCGCCGCGCCCCCGCUCGCCCUGUGCUGCCCGCGCCGCGGGACGCGCCGCCCGAGGGACACGCUCGCCGCGCCCGGCUCCGCGCAGCUCCCGGCGGCGUGGGCGAAAACGCGCUCCGGCCCCGCGCACUGAGACUUUUGUCCCUUAGCGUUUGACCCUGAGUACCAAAGAAAUGGUGAUGGAGAAGCCAAGUCCCCUGCUCGUAGGGCGGGAGUUUGUGAGACAGUACUACACCCUGCUGAACAAAGCUCCUGACUUCUUGCACAGGUUUUAUGGCAGGAAUUCUUCUUAUGUUCAUGGAGGACUGGAUGCCAGUGGGAAACCACAAGAAGCAGUGUAUGGUCAAGCUGAGAUCCACAAGAAGGUGAUGUCUCUGCAGUUCAGUGAGUGCCACACCAAGAUCCGCCACGUGGAUGCCCACGCCACUCUGAGCGAUGGGGUGGUCGUGCAGGUCAUGGGAGAGCUGUCCAACAACGGGCAGCCUAUGAGGAAGUUCAUGCAGACUUUUGUGCUUGCUCCAGAAGGAUCUGUUCCAAACAAGUUCUAUGUCCAUAAUGAUAUCUUCAGGUACGAAGAUGAAGUAUUUGGGGAUUCAGAAGGAGAGCUCGAUGAAGAAUCUGAGGAAGAGGUGGAAGAAGAGCAGGAGGAAAGACAACCUUCACCUGAACCUGUGCAAGAGAAUGCAAGCAGUACUUAUUAUGAAAACCACCCUGUAACCAAUGGGAUAGAGGAGGCACUGGAAGAAUCUUCUCAUGAACCUGAGCCAGAAUUGGAAUCUGAAACAAAAGCUGAGGAGCUGAAAGCUGAAGUGGAAGAAAAGACCCUUGAGGAGCUAGAAGAGAAAUCUCCAUCUCCACCUCCUGUAGAACCUGUUUCGCUACCGCAAGAACCACCAAAGGCUUUCUCUUGGGCUUCAGUGACCAGUAAAAACCUGCCUCCUAGUGGUACUGUUUCUUCCUCUGGAAUUCCACCCCAUGUUAAAGCACCAGUCUCACAGCCAAGAGUGGAAACUAAACCUGAAGCUCAGUCUCAGCCUCCUCGCGUUCGUGAGCAGCGUCCCAGGGAAAGACCGGGUUUUCCACCACGAGGACCUCGGCCAGGAAGGGGAGACAUGGAGCAGAACGAGUCGGAUAAUCGUCGGAUAAUUCGCUAUCCAGACAGCCACCAGCUCUUUGUUGGGAACUUGCCACAUGACAUUGAUGAGAGUGAACUGAAAGAGUUCUUCAUGAGCUUUGGAAAUGUGGUAGAACUUCGCAUAAAUACGAAGGGAGUGGGAGGAAAACUGCCUAAUUUUGGUUUCGUGGUGUUUGAUGAUUCUGAGCCGGUCCAGCGAAUUUUAGUUGCAAAACCCAUAAUGUUCCGCGGGGAGGUGCGCCUGAACGUGGAGGAGAAGAAAACCAGAGCCGCUCGUGAGCGGGAGACGCGCGGCGGCGGCGACGAGCGCAGGGAUAUCCGCCGCAAUGAGAGAGGCCCGGGCGGGCCCCGCGGAAUUGUGGGCGGUGGCAUGAUGCGGGACCGGGACGGAAGAGGACCUCCUCCGCGGGGUGGCAUGGCACAAAAACUUGGCUCUGGACGAGGAACCGGGCAGAUGGAAGGCCGUUUCACUGGACAGCGUCGCUGAAAUCUCCACUGUGGGCAGACAGUCUUGGCAGUGGUACAUUAUCCAUCGUGUUUGCAUUCUUGUUAAUUUUUUUUUUAGCUUUGGAAUGUGACACAGCCCUUCUGAUCGUUUCUUUGAUGUGAAAACAUCCUUUGGUUUCCAGUUUAAAUUGAGGUGGACGUUUUUUCCCCAGUUUCACAACAGGAGUCACACUCUUAAUUUAUAAAUGUAUACGUGGAGAAUUGAAGACUAAAAAAUAAAGAAAAAAGAAAAAGAAACAAAAGAAAAGACUGGUUAACUAUCUGCAACGGAAGUUGAACUAAAGGACAUGCCCAGUAGAAUUCAGGUCCUUUCGGUCAAAAACCCUCUGCUGCACAUUUUGUGUGUUACCGUUUCUGCCUACUACCGUUGGAAACACAAAUAGUGCAAUUUGUGCAAUUGGAGAAGCUUGCCUUUUUUUUUUCCUUCUUAGAACACUCGGCUCCAAACAAACUCGUGUUUACGCACUCAUCAAAAUGCACUAAUGGGUCCUCUGAACUCAUUUAUACUGACAGCUGCAGGAGGCAUCGGAGGGAAAACCUUCAUCCUCUUACUCAGACAGAAUAGCUUGGGGAACGAUGCGGGCAUCUGCUCUGCUUGCUGUGACCAACCUCUGUACACACACAAACCUUAAUAAGACUACACCUUUGUUCCAGAAGGAAUCCAGUUAGCUGUAACCAGAACCCAGAGUUUCCAAGUCGUAGCCCUGAGUAUGCAACAAGUUUGAUAGCUCACGUCAGAUUUUUCUAUCUGCCCCUCUUCAGUGCAGGGAUGGCUGCUCAACACACUCCUCCUUCCCCUUCCCCCUUCGAGAAGCGUUGUACAGUGAAACUUGUCUUGACUGUAUUUGAGUUCUCUGGUAAUGUAAUAAGCAUGAUGGUGCCUUCUAUGAAUACAUCAUUCCAGUCUUGCUGGUGAUUUUGUACAGUAUAGUGUAUGAAGUACUGUGCUGCAAAGCCAAGCGGCUGCAAAGCAUUUGAAUAAUUGGAAAAUUGUAUUAAAAAAAAUUGCAGUAUCUUUCAAUGAGUAAACGUUGCUAAAAUGA